AUGCUCUUUUUAUUAUUUUUCGCGUUUUUCGCGCAAAUUUUGGCUGCGGCGCCGAAAUACGAGUAUGAAAUCCACGUGGCUGGCAGUUUGAAGUGCGGUCAAUAUCCGGCGGCUUCGGUGCUCGUAAGAUUGUGGAAGGAUAAUGAACGUGAGUUUUUUGGGUACUGUAGGGGUACUGUAGAAAAUUCCACGUAUUUUGAUACCAAACAUGCCUGGGGUUACUGUAGAAAAAAUUUGAAAAAAAAUUUUUUUUUCGAAAACAAAAUUAAACUUUUUUGGGUCUUGCAACGAUCAUACUGUAGUAUUUUUGACGCCAAUUUUUCUAGGGGUACUGUAGGGGUACUGUAGAUCAAUUUUGGCGCGAAAAUUCCACGUUUUUUGAUACCAAACAUGCCUAGGGGUACUGUAGAAAAAAUUUGAAAAAAAAAAUUUUUUUCGAAAAAAAUUAAACUUUUUUGGGUCUUGCAACGAUCAUACAGUAGUAUUUUUUAACGCCAAUUUUUUUUCUAGGGAUACUGUAGGUGUACUGUAGGUUUUGGCGUCGAAAUUUUUGAUUCAAAACUUUGACCGAUCAGAUGGAAAUCAAAAAUUGAUAAGAAAAUUCAAAAAAUCACAUUUUUGACGCUACAGUAAUCUUAUAGGGUUACUGUAGACAUGGAAAAUUUUAGGAUUCAAAAAUAACUACAGUAUACUUUUGCGAAUCGUUGCAAGACCCAAAAAUUAGAAAUUUUCAGGCCUAGGCUUAUCUAGACUCAAAAAAUCCCCAUUUUUCCAGGCACAAUCCUCAACCAAACAUUCGCCGACAAAUCGGGCCAUUUCGGGCUUUCGGCCCAAUUAUCCACCGCCAAUUUCGACCCGAUCAUCGUGAUUUUUCACGAUUGUGACGAUGGCGUCAAACCGGGCCAGCGAAAGCUGAAAUUCCAGAUUCCACGUCACUACAUUGCUCAUGUUAGUGCUCCAAGGAAGAUUUUUGAGUUAGGCCAAUUCAAUUUGGAGACUGUGAUGAAGUACAACGAGGAGAGACAACAGAGUUUGGAGAGACGCAGACAUCGCAGACACAUGCAUAAGAGUGCGAGAAGUCAGAAUUUGGAGAGAAUGGCGAGAGAGGGCGAGAAUCAGACGACGAGAGAGCAUUUGAGAAGACAUAGAGCGAGACGCAGUGAUGAUUUUGAGAUGUGAGUACUGUAGAAUUGUAGGCCGUGAAAAAUGGAGCAUUUUGAGUCUAGACAAGCCUAGGCUCAAACUAGACUCUAGUUUUCGAUUGAAAUGUGAAAUUUGAGAUUUUUUGAGCCUAAAUAAGCCUGGGCUCAAACUAGACUCUAGUUUUAGAUUGGGGCUUGAAAUUUGGGAUUUAUUGAGUCCAAAUAAGCCUAGGCUCAAACUAGACUCUAGUUUUCGAUUAAGAUUUGAAAUUUGCGAUUUUUGAGUCUAAAUAAGCCUGGGAUCCAAACUAGACUCUAGUUUUCGAUUCCACGUGGCAAGUACAGUACCCCAUCCCAAACUCACUUGAAUUACAGUACUCCUACAGUAAUCUGGAAAUUGCGAAAUGAUCAAAAUUUUGAAAAUUCGGGUUUUUUUUUUUCAAAAUGACGUGGCAGUUUUUCCAGGUUUACACGUUUUCACGUUAAAAUUCUGAAACUAGACUCUAGUUUAUAUUACUUUUUCAAACUAGACUCUAGUUUGAAACAGGAAUUCUGAACUUUAAUAUGAGCAAUGUGCAAAUUUACACUCAAAAAAUCGAAAAUUUCAAAUCUCAAUCGAAAACUAGAGUCUAGUUUGAGUCUAGGCUUAUUCGGGCUCAAAAAACCGCAAAUUUUCGCGCCAAAAAUCCACGUGUCAUGAAAUUUCUUGCAGCGUGGAAACCGAUGACGUCACCACCAAAAAACACCACCACAAAUCCACCACCAAAAAACCGACUACGGUCAAAAAAACGCUCUUCGACUCGGAACCCGAUGAUCGAUAUGAUCCAUGGUAA